AUGGAGAAUAAGAAAGCUCGGCGGAUAUCCUACGACGUGCCUGUAACUCCACGGAAGCUAUCUAACCCGUGUGGAAACCGGCCGGUGUCCGUGCUCGAGGAUGGCUACAACCCCAUUGAUUACCGGAGUGUUAUAGCAGCCAUCUACAUGUCACUAUUCCCCAAGGCUUACACCAUCCGUAAUAUCAUCUCUGAUAUAUCUAGCAAAGGUUUGUCCGACACAGCGAUGAAAGCUGACGUCAGUGAGGCUGACUAUUGGCCAGACAUCAGUUAUCCCACCCUACACUUUGAAUCAUGUCAAGAAGACAUAGCCAAGGCAGCAGGGAAACUAGGUCUUGAACAAAACCAGUUGAUGCAGCUCAUUGGCAAAUCCAUCUUCUCUUCAACGUUCGAUCUUUACAAACGAGAGCUGAAGUGUCUCGGGGCCUCCCUGCAAGAGUUCAUCAACAAUGUGGACUACGUCAAGGACGAGGCUUGGAAGAUGGUCAAAGAAGAUGGCGGAAACAUACCGGUUUUCCUAUGUUGGGUCCAGGAGGAGAAGAAGCUCGUUGUUGCUGUUGAGCCGCGUGGCAUGGCCUACUUCUUUGCUGGCUUCUUCAAGGCUGCAGCCGUAGAAAUAUUCGGAGCGGAUGUGUCGGAACUCGUCGACGACACUCUUGAUGACAAGGCGUUGAUCAUCUUCGAGCCUUCUCUAGGAAAAGGGAUACAACGGUUGAUAAAGGCGGAGGCGAGGUAUUCUCUUGAUCCAAAGGACUCGAAACUCACUAUCAAGAGCUUUUGUCGUCUCUUCCCAUUUCAUUUCCUCUUCAACCGUAACAUGAAAGUGAUACAGGCGGGCAAUGCUAUACAGCGGUUGAUAGGAGCAGGGAAACUAGCCAGAGGAACCGUGUCCGACUAUUUUCAGAUUAUCCGUCCGGUAACUGGGUGUAGCUUUGAAGCCAUCUUUCAAUGCACUAACCGACCAUUCAUCAUACAGAUCAGGAAAGAAGAUGACGUUUCUCCAAAACAGGGUAUGAAACUAAAAGGUCAGAUACUCUAUGUCACCGAAGCUAAUGCCUUAUUAUUCCUGGGGUCGCCAAUUGUGGUCAAAUUGGACGAUCUCCUUGGAAAUGGGUUGUUUCUCUCAGACAUCCCGAUUCAUGAUGCAACACGUGACGUCAUACUGAUAGGCGAACAAACCAAAGCUCAGGAUGGCUUGAAACACCGCAUGGAAAAUCUCAAAGAGAAUGUCCAACUGGCCAGCAAACAGGUGGAGUUGGAGAAGUCAAAAAAUGUAGAACUGCUGCAGAUGAUGUUUCCCACGGAUAUAGCAAGGCAACUCUGGAGAGGGGAAACCGUUGAGCCGGUUAAGAUUGACAACGUCACGAUGCUGUUCAGUGACAUCGUGGGCUUCACGUCCAUCUGCUCCAUUGCCACUCCCAUGCAGGUUAUAGACAUGCUCCAGUCACUCUAUACUAGGUUUGAUGCGCUCUGUGGAACGCUGGAUGUGUAUAAGGUCGAGACGAUUGGCGAUGCAUACUGUUGUGCUGGAGGCCUGCACCGUAAAUGCGACAACCAUGCAGCCAGGGUGGCCUGGAUGUCACUGAGGAUGAUGGAGGAAAUAGCAAGCUUUUCGUCCCCGGCUGGUAAAACGUUAAAGAUGCGAAUUGGUCUCCACACGGGGUCAGUCAUUGCUGGCGUAGUUGGUACACGGAUGCCGCGGUACUGUUUGUUCGGGAACAACGUCACCCUGGCCAAUAAGUUUGAAUCGUGCAGCGUGGAGGGGAGGAUCAACAUCAGUCCAACAACAUACAGUUUGCUAAAACCAGAAGGCUUCAAGUUCACCGCCAGGGCUCGAUCAGACCUUCCCCAAGGCUUUCCCGAGGAUGUUGAAGGGACGUGCUAUUUCCUCGAUAGUUAUGACAAGAAUCACUCUCACAUUAUGAAUGAAUCAUCUUUGUGACAACCUGGGCCACGAUGACGGAAAUGUUGCCAUUUGUGUGCCCAUGCCCUAAAUCAAAUUUGACCUGCAUGAACUUACCCCACAAUAGAACAUUCUGAUUGGCUAAUUGUAAAUUAUAAUAAUUCGGUAAUUUCGAUUGGACAGUAU